CCAGCCCACUGUCGUUUAGAUGGAUCCAUGGAAACUCUGCUUCGUUCUGCUUCUGCCACUCAGCGCUUAUUCUCACAGCAAAGAAUCUCGGGAUCCGCUGCUGAAAAUCAUCAGCGAACAACCAGAUUUGACUCCGAUAUGCAGCAAUGAAACUCACGAGAUCACAAUGAUAAUGUGUAAGAACAGCACAGAGAUGAGCCGAGGGAAAGAGUGUUACCUGCUUUACCGACACCCACGAGGCUUUAAACACAACUGUGACUCCAGGUUCACACUUAAGACGAUAAAUCAGACUGUGUUUCUGCACCUGGACAAUUUAACACCAGCAGAUAGUGGGAGCUUCACCUGUGAGUGUACACUUUAUGAUGGAAUAUACACUCUACAGCUCAACAUCACUGUUCAAGAGAAUAAAGACCCAACAAGCUCGACAGAAAUGUCUUACAAAAGAAAGACAUUUCUGUAUACAAUAAUUGGCCUGACUGUCCUCCUAAUCAUCAGCAUAUCUGGACUCAUCCUGGGAGUUAUCUGCAGGAGAAUUUUCCACCAUAGACGACAAGAAGUGCCCAUAACGAUCCACCCUCAGCCGGAAGAGGACAUUGAGCCAUACGACGUCUUCAUUCAGAAGGAGAACGUGCUGUAUCUCACCAAAGUGCACAGCAGCACAGCUUAAAGAAAUCCUAGAGCUGUUUUGUGCAGCAUCUGCUGCUCGUUUCAUGUCGUCCCUGUGAGUUGGAACAGGAUCUGCCGUCUUGAGUCGUUAAAAUCAAAUGCACCUUAGUUCAUUUAUGUUGUAGAGGAAAAUUUCCACCAGAAUAAAUAUUUUUCUUAAAAGAA